AUGUCAUUUGAUCAUUCACAAUUCAAAAGCGCCCUUGGUCUUGAUCCAGAGGCUAUUGUUCGUCACAACUCCUCGGUAUCAAUCCUUUACGAAGAUGGGCUACAGGAAAAAGGCACCAUAAUAUCUUCUACUGGGGCUUUAACCGCGUACUCUGGCUCGAAAACCGGUCGUUCUCCAAGAGACAAGCGGAUUGUCGAUGAAGAAACCUCGACCCAUAACAUUUGGUGGGGCCCAGUCAACCGCAAGGUCAAUGAAAAUGUAUGGAAAAUCUCGAAAGAACGGGCUAAAGAUUACCUUAGAACUAGAGACAAAUUGUUUGUUGUGGAUGCUUUUGCUGGAUGGGACCCAAAGUACCGGAUUAAAGUGAGAGUCGUGUGCGCUAGAGCUUACCAUGCGUUGUUUAUGAAGAAUAUGUUGAUCACUCCUACCGAAGAAGAACUCAAAACUUUUGGCGAACCUGAUUUCACCAUUUACAAUGCCGGUCAAUUCCCUGCCAAUCGAUUCACUGAUGGUAUGACCUCUUCUACCUCAGUGGAAAUCAAUUUCAAAGAAAUGGAAAUGGUAAUUUUGGGAACCGAGUACGCAGGAGAAAUGAAGAAAGGUAUCUUUACCGUAAUGUUUUACCUCAUGCCUAUCAAUCACAAUGUGUUAACCUUGCAUUCUUCUGCCAACCAAUCUACCGAUGACACAAAAGAUGUAACUCUUUUUUUCGGUCUUAGUGGUACAGGUAAAACUACCCUUUCUGCUGACCCUCACCGGUUGCUCAUUGGUGAUGACGAACAUUGUUGGUCUGACGAUGGGGUCUUCAACAUUGAAGGUGGGUGUUACGCCAAAUGUAUUGGAUUAUCUCAUGAAAGAGAACCGGAUAUUUUCCAAGCCAUUCGUUUUGGCUCGGUGCUAGAAAAUGUCGUGUAUGAUAAAGAAACCCGGGUGGUGGACUACCAUGAUAUUUCCAUUACCGAGAACACUAGAUGCGCUUAUCCUAUUGAAUUUAUUUCCAAUGCUAAAAUUCCUUGCAUUGCCAAUGAGCGCCAUCCUUCCAAUAUCGUGCUUCUCACUUGUGAUGCUCGUGGGGUGUUGCCAGCGGUAUCUAGACUCACCCCAGAACAGGUAAUGUACCAUUUCAUUUCUGGGUAUACUUCCAAAAUGACCGGCACUGAAGAAGGGGUUACCGAGCCUCAAGCAACUUUCAGUUCCUGUUAUGGGCAACCUUUCCUUGCAUUGCACCCAAUGAAGUACGCGGCAAUGCUCUCAUCAAAGAUGGAAAAGCAUCAAACCAAGGCUUGGUUAUUGAACACUGGGUGGGUCGGACAAGGUAUCAAUAAUGGUGGUAAGCGUUGUCCACUCGCGUUCACCAGAGAGAUCUUGGAUAAUAUCCAUAAUGGAAGUUUAAAUGAUGUGGAAUACGAGACUUACCCAGUGUUCAACUUGCAAGUACCUAAGUCCUGUGGUAAUGUUCCUAAAGAGCUUUUGAAUCCGUUCCAUGAUGCAGCUCACAGUAAAGGGUUAAAUGGAAGAUUGCAGGAUUUGGCUCAAUUAUUUGAUGAAAAUUUUGAAACUUAUAAAGGUGGUUGUACCAAAGAGGUUAUCAAUGCUGGUCCAAAGAUUUGA